CGCCGCCGCCGCCGCCGCCACCGCCGGCCCAUGACUGAGCCCCGCCGCCGCCGGCCGAGGAAUGGGCUCCGGGCUCUGGUAGGAAGCGCAGGGAGCGGGGGGCGCUUUUAAAACACCGAUCUGGGUUUUUUAAAAACCUCCUUUGAAAAAAUAAUGGCAAACUCGACGGGGAAGGCGCCUCCGGACGAGCGGAGAAAGGGACUCGCUUUCCUGGACGAGCUGCGGCAGUUCCACCACAGCAGAGGGUCGCCUUUUAAAAAAAUCCCUGCGGUGGGUGGGAAGGAGCUGGAUCUUCACGGUCUCUACACCAGAGUCACUACUUUAGGCGGAUUCGCGAAGGUUUCUGAGAAGAAUCAGUGGGGAGAAAUUGUUGAAGAGUUCAACUUUCCCAGAAGUUGUUCUAACGCUGCCUUUGCUUUAAAACAGUAUUACUUGCGUUACCUAGAAAAGUACGAGAAAGUUCAUCAUUUUGGGGAGGAUGAUGAUGAGGUACCACCAGGCAAUCCCAAACCACAGCUUCCUAUUGGUGCAAUUCCAUCUUCCUACAAUUACCAGCAACACAGUGUGUCAGAUUAUCUACGUCAAAGUUAUGGGCUGUCAAUGGACUUCAAUUCGCCAAAUGAUUAUAAUAAAUUGGUGCUUUCACUAUUAUCUGGACUCCCAAAUGAAGUGGACUUUGCUAUUAAUGUAUGCACUCUCCUAUCAAAUGAAAGCAAACACGUCAUGCAACUUGAAAAAGACCCUAAAAUCAUCACUUUAUUACUUGCUAAUGCCGGGGUGUUUGAUGACACUUUAGGAUCCUUUUCUACUGUAUUUGGAGAAGAAUGGAAGGAGAAGACUGAUAGAGAUUUUGUUAAGUUUUGGAAAGACAUUGUUGAUGAUAAUGAAGUACGUGACCUCAUUUCUGACAGAAACAAGUCUCAUGAAGGUACAUCAGGAGAAUGGAUUUGGGAAUCUUUAUUUCAUCCACCUCGAAAGCUGGGCAUUAACGAUAUUGAAGGACAACGGGUACUUCAGAUUGCAGUGAUUUUGCGAAAUCUUUCCUUUGAGGAGGGCAAUGUUAAGCUCUUGGCAGCUAACCGUACCUGUCUUCGUUUCCUAUUACUUUCUGCACAUAGUCAUUUUAUUUCUCUAAGGCAAUUAGGCCUUGACACAUUAGGAAAUAUUGCAGCUGAGCUUUUAUUGGACCCUGUUGAUUUCAAAACUACUCAUCUGAUGUUUCAUACUGUUACAAAAUGCCUAAUGUCAAGGGAUAGAUUUUUAAAGAUGAGGGGCAUGGAAAUUUUGGGAAAUCUUUGCAAAGCAGAAGAUAAUGGUGUUUUGAUUUGUGAAUAUGUUGAUCAGGACUCCUACAGAGAGAUCAUUUGUCAUCUCACUUUACCUGAUGUGCUGCUCGUAAUCUCAACACUUGAGGUGCUAUAUAUGCUCACAGAAAUGGGAGAUGUAGCUUGCACAAAAAUCGCUAAAGUCGAAAAGAGCAUAGACAUGUUAGUAUGUCUGGUUUCUAUGGAUAUUCAGAUGUUUGGCCCUGAUGCACUUGCUGCAGUAAAACUCGUUGAACAUCCAAGUUCCAGUCAUCAAGUUUUAUCUGAAAUUAGGCCACAAGCUGUAGAGCAAGUUCAAACCCAGACCCAUGUAGCAUCUGCCCCAGCUUCCAGAGCAGUUGUAGCACAGCAUGUUGCUCCACCUCCAGGAAUAGUGGAAAUAGAUAGUGAGAAGUUUGCUUGUCAGUGGCUAAAUGCUCAUUUUGAAGUAAAUCCAGAUUGUUCUGUCUCUCGAGCAGAAAUGUAUUCUGAAUACCUAUCAACUUGCAGUAAAUUGGCUCGUGGUGGAAUCCUAACAUCAACUGGAUUUUAUAAAUGUCUCAGAACGGUCUUUCCAAAUCACACAGUGAAGAGAGUGGAGGAUUCCAGUAACAAUGGGCAAGCGCAUAUUCAUGUAGUAGGAGUAAAACGGAGGGCUAUCCCACUUCCCAUUCAGAUGUAUUAUCAGCAACAGUCUGUUUCUACUCCCGUUGUUCGCGUUGAUUCUGUUCCUGAUGUAUCUCCAAGUCCUUCACCCGCAGGAAUCCCUCAUGGACCACAAACUGUAGGAAACCAUUUUCAGAGGACUCCUGUUACCAACCAAUCUUCAAGUUUGACUGCAACGCAAAUGUCCUUUCCAGUACAAAGUGUUCAUACUGUGGCGCAGACUGUUUCAAGAAUUCCACCAAAUCCUUCAGUUCAUACCCACCAGCAGCAAAAUGCUCCGGUGACUGUCAUUCAGAAUAAAGCUCCAAUUCCUUGUGAGGUCGUUAAGGCCACAGUAAUACAGAAUUCUCUACCCCAGACAGCAGUUCCUGUUAGUAUUGCUGUGGGAGGAGGAGCUGCACAGAGUUCUGUGGUUCAGAAUCAUAGUACAGGGUCACAACCUGUUACAGUUGUAAAUUCCCAGGCAUUGCUUCACCAUCCAUCUGUAAUUCCACAACAGUCUCCAUUACACACAGUGGUACCGGGACAGAUACCUUCUGGCACUCCUGUUACAGUAAUCCAACAAGCUGUCCCACAGAGUCAUAUAUUUGGCAGAGUACAGAACAUACCAGCAUGUACUUCCACAGUUUCACAGGGUCAACAGUUAAUCACCACGUCACCCCAACCUGUGCAAACUUCAUCUCAGCAGACAUCAGCUGGUAGUCAGACACAAGACACUGUUAUCAUAGCACCCCCACAAUAUGUAACGACUUCUGCAUCCAAUAUUGUCUCAGCAACUUCAGUACAGAACUUUCAGGUAGCUACAGGACAAAUGGUUACCAUUGCUGGUGUCCCAAGUCCACAACCCUCAAGAGUUGGGUUUCAGAACAUUGCACCAAAACCGCUCCCUUCUCAGCAAGUUUCAUCAACAGUGGUACAACAGCCUAUUCAACAACCACAGCAGCCAACCCAGCAAAGUGUUGUGAUUGUAAGCCAGCCAGCUCAACAAGGUCAAACUUAUGCACCAGCCAUUCACCAAAUUGUUCUUGCUAAUCCAGCAGCUCUUCCAGCUGGUCAAGCAGUGCAGCUAACUGGACAAGCAAACAUAACUCCAUCUUCCUCACCAUCACCUGUCCCAGCUACUAAUAACCAAGUUCCUACUGCCAUGUCAUCUUCUUCCACCCCUCAGUCACAGGGACCACCUCCUACUGUCAGUCAAAUGCUGUCUGUGAAAAGGCAGCAACAGCAGCAGCAUUCACCAGCACCCCCACCACAACAGGUGCAAGUACAAGUCCAGCAGCCACAGCAAGUACAAAUGCAAGUUCAGCCACAGCAAACGAAUGCAGGAGUUGGUCAGCCUACUUCUGGUGAGUCAAGUCUGAUAAAACAGUUGCUGCUUCCAAAGCGUGGUCCCUCAACUCCAGGUGGUAAGCUUAUUCUCCCAGCUCCACAGAUUCCUCCCCCUAAUAAUGCAAGAGCCCCUAGCCCUCAGGUGGUAUACCAGGUGGCCAAUAAUCAAGCAGCAGGUUUUGGAGUGCAGGGGCAAACUCCAGCUCAGCAGCUCUUGGUUGGGCAGCAAAACGUUCAGCUGGUCCAAAGUGCAAUGCCACCCACAGGGGGAGUGCAAACUGUGCCCAUCUCGAACUUACAAAUAUUGCCAGGCCCACUGAUCUCAAAUAGCCCAGCAACCAUUUUCCAAGGGACUUCUGGCAACCAGGUAACCAUAACAGUUGUGCCAAAUACAAGUUUUGCAACUGCAACUGUGAGUCAGGGAAACGCAACUCAGCUCAUUGCUCCAGCAGGAAUUACCAUGAGCGGGACCCAGGCAGGAGUUGGACUUCAGGUACAAACGCUUCCAGCCACUCAAGCAUCUCCAGCUGGACAAUCAUCUUGUACUACUGCUACUCCCCCAUUCAAAGGUGAUAAAAUAAUUUGCCAAAAGGAGGAGGAAGCAAAAGAAGCAACAGGUUUACAUGUUCAUGAACGUAAAAUUGAAGUCAUGGAGAACCCGUCCUGUAGACGGAACACAAACACCAGCAAUGGGGAUGCAAAGGAAAAUGAAAUGCAGGUGGGAAGUCUUUUAAAUGGGAGAAAGUACAGUGACUCAAGUCUACCUCCUUCAAACUCAGGGAAAAUUCAAAGUGAGGCUAAUCAGUGCUCAUUAAUCAGUAAUGGGCCAUCAUUAGAAUUAGGUGAGAAUGGAGCAUCGGGAAAACAGAACUCAGAACAAAUGGACAUGCAGGAUAUUAAAAGUGAUUUGAAAAAACCUCUAGUUAAUGGAAUCUGUGAUUUUGAUAAAGGAGAUGGUUCUCAUUUAAGCAGAAACAUUCCAAAUCAUAAAACUUCCAAUCAUGUAGGAAAUGGUGAGAUAUCUCCAAUGGAACCACAAGGGACUUCAGAUGCCACUCAGCAAGAUACUGCCAAAGGUGAUCAACUGGAAAGAAUUUCUAAUGGACCUAUAUUAACUUUGGGUGGUUCACCAUCUGUGAGCAGUAUACAGGAGGCUUCAAAUGUAACACAGCAAUUUAGUGGUACUGAUUUGCCUAAUGGACCUCUAGCUUCAAGUUUGAAUUCAGAUGUGCCUCAGCAACGCCCAAGUGUAGUUGUCUCACCACAUUCUACAACCUCUGUUAUACAGGGGCAUCAAAUCAUAGCCGUUCCCCACUCAGGAUCAAGAGUGUCCCAUUCUCCUGUCCUGUCAUCUGAUGUUCGGUCUACAAAUGGCACAGCAGAAUGCAAAACUGUAAAGAGGCCAGCAGAGGAUAAUGAUAGGGAAACAGUCACAGGAAUUCCAAAUAAAGUAGGAGUUAGAAUUGUUACAAUCAGUGACCCCAACAAUGCUGGCUGCAGUGCAACAAUGGUUGCCGUGCCAGCAGGAGCAGAUCCAAGCACUGUAGCUAAAGUAGCAAUAGAAAGUGCUGUUCAGCAAAAGCAGCAGCAUCCACCAACAUACGUACAGAAUGUGGUCCCACAGAACACUCCUAUGACACCUUCACCAGCUGUCCAAGCGCAGAGCCAGCCUAGCAGUUCUCAGUCUUCUCCAUUCAGUGC